CUAAACUGAAGAGAUGUGGGGAAGUGUCAAUGAUCAUUGUGGAUAACGUGAUGUCCAUGGCUAAGGUAUGACCACUCCAACGUAGCAGGUAUUAGUAGCGCAAGUCCGAUUAAAAGUGGUAGGCAGGAGCGCGGGUGGUAGGCAGGAGCGCGGCGAGAACCGUCAUGCGAGUGGUGAGUGGUGGAGUGUGGCGGCAGAGAGCGUGGCGACUACAGAGAGCUGGAAACUAGUGAAUGGCAAUCUGUCCGGGAAGUUCAACAGACCGCUGUCACAGAGCGACACCGGAGCCCUGCCUAAAACAAAGUCGCUCGUCUUCAAGUCUGGGACGGCUGACCAACUCCGAAAAGAGGACACACAAGUUGGCUCGGGCUAGCUGCUAAUCACUUGUUACCGGCGCUUCGCUCCCAGUAACAUGCCUGCCAUCAAAAAGGAGAGACUGGAUGGGGACGUAUUGGCAUUGGCUGCCUUCAACCAGUCCGAAUACCUGGCCCCUUUAAAUGACACCGCUAUCACUGUGGUGACCCCGCACCCACCGCAGUACGACCAUAUUUUCGGACAUCACCGCUUGUACUUGGGGCUCCACGACUCGGCACUGCAUCACCAGCACCUUCACCAUCACCCGGACGACUUAAUGCUGGAGAGGUUUUCCUCCAUCCCCGACUUUCAGCCGUUUUUUGAGAACGGGGAACCAUGCAUCGAGGUGGAGUGCGGGGAGAACAAGGCUUUACUAUACAUUAACAAACUGUGCCAAGGUAGUAAGGGACCCUCAAUCAAAUACCGGGGCGAGUGGCUCACCCCGAAUGAGUUCCAGUUUGUCAGUGGAAGGGAAACCGCCAAAGAUUGGAAACGAAGUAUACGGCACAAAGGGAAAAGUUUAAAGACCCUUAUGUCCAAAGGAAUCUUACAGGUACAUCCCCCAAUCUGUGAUUGCCCUGGGUGUCGAAUUUCGUCUCCAGUGAACCGCGGGCGUUUGGCAGAGAAGCGCACCAUCCCCCUGCCCCCCAACCGUGUGCCCAAGAGGGAGCUCUCCUCCGUCUUUAGCAGUGACGACAGCGAGGGCAGCGACCGCGCCAGCGGAGACCAUGCCCACAUCAAGCAGGAGGAUGAGCUGCAUUACAGUAUCAUGAGAAAGAGUCGUGACAGUGACCUCUCUACGAUCAUCUCCAACCUCCACCAUACCAGACAGCACGGCAUGCCCGAGAGCCAGCCCGCCACCGACCUCAGCACCAACACAGGACACACAGAUAGCCUUCUAGGCAAGAGGAGAGCCUACUCCCCCAACAGCAGCAGCAAGUGCCCCUCGGACAUCAAGAAGUCGCGCAGCGUUUCCCCCAAAGAGAAAUCCCACACCCCUGUGCUGGAGGGGGGCGGCCACAGUCACAUGACCCCGGAGGAGCACUACAGGCGGAUGAUGUCAGCGCUGAGCGAGCAGGGCGAGGAGCAGCAGCAGCGCCUCUACCAGCUGGCCAACAACAUGGGCCUGCCCAGCCAUGAUCUGUUGCGAGUGCGCCAGGAGGCCCUGGCAGCAGUGAGGAACACAGGGGGUUUGGAGGCCCAUCUCCCUUCGGCAGGCAGCUCGUCCAGCCAGAGACGCAAGCAGGGCCUGCCCCAGCACAGAGACGCCCACUACACCGAGAGGGAGAUGUCCCAUCCUCCUCCUCUGCUGUCUACCCAGAACGGCCCUCACAUCACAUUGGGACCCCACCUGCGGCCCCCCUUCUUGGCCAUGCCCUCCUCCCUGUGCCAGUCCCCCGGCUAUGGUUUCCUCCAGCCUGCCCAAGCUGAAAUGUUUGCCCGGCAACAGGAAAUGCUUCGGAAGCAGAACUUGGCCAGGUUGGAGAUGUCAGCAGAGCUGCUCAGACACAAGGAGCUGGAGAGUCUCCACAGGCAGCAGCAGCAGCGUGUGUUGGGGGUUUCUGACCCCAUGGGCCUACCCCACGGCCUCCCUCUAGACCAUCCCGCCCUGCGCAGUCUCCACCACCUGCCCGAGGGACACCCCCUCCACGAGGAGCUCAGCCGACGCCAAAACGCCAUGCUGAUGCUCCGACACACCAGCACCCCUUUACUCUCCCUCAACCACCAGGGGCCCUCGGGGUCCACAACGCCCAAAGAUACCCAGGGACAAGGCUCCGGGGCUGGGGCCGGAUUGAGUAAGGGGGGCUCACGGAAAGGCCCCCAGCAACCCAGGGGGGGAGACCACCAAGAGAGGGAGGGCCGAGGGAGGGACGGAGAUGCAGAUGGGCAGGAUGAAGAAAUGAAGGACUCGGAUAGCGAGACGGAGAUGGGCGAGGAUAGGCAUGAGGGAUUGUUUGCCAAGGCAACCGACUGGCAUGGGCUUCACAGGGACAGGGGGAAAGAGAGUGGCGGUAAGGGGGGGUGUGACGGUGCCAAAGAGGCGGGCGAGGGCUCGGGUCGGCUUAGUGCCCCCUGUAGCUCGGCGGGUGCGGAUUCACCACCCGGUCAUCACCUCUUCACCCCGGGGCUGGGCAAGAGCGAUGUCAAGUACCACUUUCCACCUGGCGCCAUGCCUCCGCUGCCAGGGCUCCACGGCCAGUCGCUGCCCUUUGGAUUUCCCUACACAAGCCCCUACUUCCACACUGGCGGUAUGGGAGGUCUGUUAAUGGACAGUGAGGACUCUGCGGCGCCCCCGGUGGAGGACAUUAGCAAGUGGAGUGUGGAGGAGGUGUGUGGUUUUGUGGGAGGCCUGGCCGGCUGUGCGGAGUACACACAGGUGUUUCGGGAGCAGGCCAUCGAUGGAGAGACACUCCCGCUGCUCACAGAGGAGCACCUGCUCAACACCAUGGGACUGAAGCUGGGCCCUGCGCUCAAGAUACGCUCUCAGGUGGCGCGGCGCGUUGGCAGACUCUUCUACAUGACCAGCUUCCCGCUGGCGCUCCCGGUGCCGCCAUCUGCCCUGCGUCCCCCGGACAGGGACCCCCUUCUGUCCGACACCCUUCUGGCGGUCCCACUGCGACCCCCCUCCGUCGCCAGCAGCAGCUCCUCUCCCUACAGCGGCCCUCCACCCCCGUGUCACUCCUCCCCCAAGCAGGAGAAUGGCUCCGCAUCAGGGGUCUACGAGGGGGCCAAGACGCCCUCCUAGGACUCAACUGGCUGCACAGGGAACAUGAACUGUAGAGGAGGAGGAGGGGUGUAGAGAGGGUUCAGAGAAACCCCCUGUAACAGACAUAGAAUUGUCCCCAUUUCAUGUAAAAUAUUUAAAAAACUAUAACUAAAGAAAAUGAACUGAACAGACUUCAACUUCAAGUUCCACUGUGGCUGUAGCCAAGCAGAAUCCAAAGACGUGACUGACAGUGGACUGGAGGGAGAGACGGCAUGAAGCGACAGAGGGAGAGAGAGAAAGAGAGAACGAGAAAGAGAGGGAGGGAGCAGACAGCUGGUCUCAGUCAGAUUGCCAAAAAAAAGAGCGAAGCGCCACAACUACGACAUUCUUCUGAGUGAGACAGACAGACGCUAACGGAAACUAUUCCUUCCUGGGCUGAAGGAAGCCCCCCCUCUGCUCUCUCUGCUCCACAACACACCCGGCGGCGCCCAGCACUUAAAAGGAAGACGCCUCUUCCCUCUUUUCUCUCACUCACUUUUCUCCCCACUCCCAGUCUCAGGAGCCCAAACAGCUCAGAGGAACUGAGAAUUCCGGAGGCUGGAGCGAAAGGACUCAAAACCCCCCUCAUUAUUGCAACUAUGCAUUCCACAGUCCAAAACCAAAGAUUACCGGAUGUGUGGAAUCAGGACGAUAUUUCAUGUUUGUUUCUGGUGUUUUAUUUUUGUUUUGUUUUUGCUUUGUGGGAAUAAAUGUGUAGUCUUAGGGAGGUGUGGUAUAUUAAGGAGAACAGUGGGCCAGGUACCAUAUAACUGUCUUUAAGAGACAAAGGGGGACUCUUUGAAAGGUGACAAAGGCACACAACACAGUGUUGUGCCCAUAAAGCCAACAGUCUACGCUGAGUUGUUUCUCUGACACGCCCUGAUAAAAAAGGGCCAAAUGUUACUGAUAUGGGAUGGUGACGAAACGGUGGCUUCGGCUCAUAGAGCCAAUGUCAUUGGAAAAUCCUGUUAACUACUGUGGGAGAUCCAAACACGCUGAAUUGUACAGAAUGAUGCUUAGGAUGGAAAUAAGGUUACAGAUGUGUUUCUGGGGUUCAUUAAAUGUAGUUGCACGAAUAACGUUUUCUUUGUGACUGAGCAAAAUGUGACUCGCUUAACUUUCGGUGGUACUUUUCUUACGGACGUUUUUGUUAGCCGUUUUAUUUUCUCCAAAUUGUAUAUUAUUAAAAGAAAGCCCCAAUCUUGAAUGCUACUUCAGCAGAUUAAUAUGAGGGAAUAAUAUUUAUUAGGACUUUUGAUGUACAGUGCCUUCCGAAAGUAUUCACACCCCUUGACUUUUUACAUAUUUUGUUGUGUUACAGCCUGAAUUUAAAAGGGAUUCAAUUUAGAUUUUG